AAUUAUCAGCCACGGUCCCUAUCUCCGCGCGACGGAGAACCACGGGAGGACAAGAAAUCAUUCGAAAGUCCCGGACUUACUUGACAGGACUAUUGCGUAGAAGCGCCUGCAUGCUUUGGAGUCUGUCACUCGCCUCCUUCCUUGCACAAAAUUUGCUUUCGGGGCGCUCUCCCUUGGGUGACGUUUGGACCGCUACAGAACUGGGCUGAUUUUUUUUUUUUUUUUUUUUUUAUCACCCGGUUGGUCUUAUCUGGUAAGAUAAGACACUGCAGAGAGCCCUUGGAAUCAAAUGUUUUUCGUGUGUCCUUCCGCGCGUUGUCAUCAAUGUUGUGCAUGUGUGUGUGUCUGCGUGCGCAUGCCUGUUUGUGCGUGAUUUUUUUUUUUUGCAGCGCUCACGGUAUGAGGUUCAAUCACUAGGACCAGUUAAAUCAAGUUCAUCCUCUUGAUGCAGAUGGAAAAUGGUCGACGUGAUGAAAAUGAUUUUUUUUUUUUACACAGCUUCAUUUUGAUUGGAUAUUAAACUUGCGUUUAUUUACCACUUUUUAAAUCACUCUCUGAUUAAACACAAUUUAUACUAACAAGCAGCACCUAAUGAAAUUAUAGCAAAAAUGAACUGAACCGUUAUUUUAUCUGUUAUACAUGAGAAUUAAGCCAGACCAACAAAGUGCGCUCAAUAGUUAUUUCUAUUUUACAUGAAAUCAAGCUGCAUUUUGUCGCAAUUUACAGCGCGUUUCUCUAUUUUAUAAUCUUUGCAUGGAUUAAAUUUCACGAGGUGGCAGAUUAUUCUAUUCUAUUCUGGAAUGACUGUCUCGCAUUGUCUGUGGUCUUUUGCUGCAAGGAACCCUGGGAAGAGAUCGAAGGAGCGUGGACAAGGUCUCCCGUGCACGUAGGACUGAGCCCAGCCCUCGAUCCAAAUUCCUUUUUAAAAUCAAGACCUGAAGGAAGAGAGGAAAAUGUAUCAAAGCCUGACCUUGUCGUCCAACCAGUCCCCUUACUCACAUGACACCGGGAAUUAUAUGCACCCCUCGGCCAACUCUCCCGUCUACGUCCCGACCAGCAGGGUCCCGGGCAUGCUGCCCACCCUCUCCUACCUGCAGACCUGCGAGCCGCCUCACCAGUCCCACGGCCUCGGUGCCCAUCACCACCACCACCAUCAUCACGCCCAUCACGCAUGGCCCCAGAGCAACGCGGACGGCUCGUCGUUUGCGCCCAGCAGCCCUCACCCGUCACACGGCUUCUCGUACUCGCACAGCCCGCCGCUGAGCACCAACAACGGCCGGGACGCCGCCUACCAGAGCCAGCUUGUGCUCGGCAACAGCGGCCGAUCGGAGCAUCUCGGCGGUGCUCUGGUGCGCCCAGUGGGAGGCUCUUACACUGGCCCGUACGCCUACAUGAGCCCGGAGAUGGCGACAUCCUCGUGGACACCGGGACCCUUCGAGAGCGGAGUGAUGAGUCUGCAGGCCCGUCAAGGAGGCAUGUCAACACGGCGCUCCAGUCUCGAUCUGGUGGAAGACAUGGCCGCCGAAGGCAGGGAAUGCGUUAACUGCGGCUCCAUCUCCACGCCACUGUGGCGCAGAGAUGGCACCGGACACUACCUCUGCAACGCCUGUGGCCUCUACCACAAGAUGAAUGGCAUCAACAGGCCGCUCAUCAAACCUCAGAAACGACUGCAGAGCACAUCUCGUCGAGCCGGCCUGUGCUGUACCAACUGUCAUACUAGCACCACCACGCUGUGGAGACGGAAUGCUGAGGGCGAGCCAGUGUGUAACGCCUGUGGUCUCUACAUGAAACUGCACGGGGUGCCCAGACCUCUGGCCAUGAAGAAAGAAAGUAUACAAACAAGAAAACGCAAACCCAAGAUGCCUAAGAACAAAUUACCAACAGGAGCACCCAUCACCUCUGACAGCAGCUCGCCAUCGUCGCUCUCAGUGUCUGAACACGCCUCAACCAUCAAGAGUGAACCCAACAUGACCUCUUCACCCUACGCCGGGCAGACUGUCACAUCCGCCUCCCAGACGGCUACCCAGUUAAACACUACAGUGUCCUCAGCACAUAUGGACGUUAAAUAUGAGGAUUAUGCCUUUACUCCAACAUCAAUGGCCCCACAGAACUCCUGGUGUGCUCUAUCUCAAGCUCUAUCUCAAGCAUGAGCCCAAAAGCACAGUCACUCAGGCUCAAUGUCUUACUGGCCGGGACAUUUGAUGUACACACACGCAAGCACACAUUUGAUUCCCAAGUGAGGGGGGGAUGAAAGCAUAUGACCCACUUGCAAUGUACCACCAACUUUGCAAAUACAUAGACUUAAAUGAAAGUCAACCGACCUCCAAGAUGCAGGAUGCAAGGUACCUGGACUUCACAAACUACCUAUUAUGGAGCAAGCAAAAGCACCAAUGCAAAAAUAUAAUCAUAUGACUCGGAAAGAGAGAGAAACUUACACAAAUUUUACUUCGAUAACAUUUUGAAGUUGUUAAUGUUUUUUUGUUUUUUUUUUAAAUUUCAACAAACACAACGAGGACAUGUUACUAUCGCGGCAAAAAUAAAAUGGAAAGAAAAACUUUUUUUUUUAUGGCUGUUGAACACAACUCAUCUUCAGCAUGUAGAUGAUUGACUUUUAUAGGCGCAUUAUUUAUGUUGAGAUAAGGGCAGUUAAGUCACCAUAUAUCAUUUGACUCCACUUCUCCCUGCCGGUUGGCCAUUUUGCGUGAUCUCCUUGCAGGGUUUGGUAAGCAAUUAGUUUGUGAGAUAUGACGGUUAAAAAUGUAAUUUCGAAUUGUUCGUUUUCAAGUGUUGCAAAUGUAUCAGAGGUUUCCCCCCCCAAACAAUUGACUGUAAAAGUGCAAUGGUUCCAUUAUGUGAAAUAGUUAAAAACAAUGUAAUUUUGUAUUAUGACAAUAAUGACAUUUUUGUUAUUGUAAUAUUUUAAAUAGUAUGUCACCCUCUGUUUCUUGUCUCUUAUCAAAGUCCUUUGGAAUCUUUGCAGCUUGAACUAGUUUACUAUUUAUUAAUUUGAUUGAUAAGAAAAGAAUGAAAGUAAUAAAAAGUAAGUCUCACUGCAUAUAGAGAUCAUAUUUCUGUCCAAAAAUUGACCUUUUAAAGUUCAGUUUGUUCCAUAUUUGUUGAUUCCACACCUUUGGGAUUUAACAGAUUACAAUUUAUUUAUAUGAAAACAGAUGACACGACAUGACGAGUAAUUUACCAAUGUAGUCUGCACCUUAUUCUCAGUGGGUCAUAAAAACAAACCUAUAACCAUCCCCCAAACUCAAUAUACUGUAUUCUCACAAGAAUUCAAUAAUGCAGCUUGUGAUGCAGAGUCCGGUUAUCACAUACUCUAAAAACUGUCACUUUUGGUAACAAAGAAGCUUGAUUAAACAUUUUAUUUUGAAAAAUAUAUAUCUAAGUAACCCAAAAUAGGUUUUCUUAUUACACACAGUGCAAUACAUGCAAUAUGCAGAAAAUGAAAAAAAUUCAUUUGCACUGUCUUUGUUAUCAUUUCAAAAUUGUUCCAAUAAUUAUUUAUAAACGUUAGAGGAAAUGCAUACAUUAUCCUUGCUGCUAACAU